AUGGAAGGGUUCGAUUUCAAAUGCUUUAUACUAAAUAAGGGAAUCCAGAGUGGAUUGCUUACCUACCGGAGCGGUUCCGGUGACACUUCCGCGGCGGUGGCGUCUGAGGAAUCAGGUGAUACGUUCUUUCGAUUCAAUUUCUUUCUCCUCCAAUUCUUUGUGUGUGUUGUUGAUAUUCUCCCAACCCGUUGUAUUUACGUUGCUAUGUUCGUGAAUUGCCGGCGCUGCGAAAUGCUUCACUUGCUGAAGUUUCAGAAACGUGUUGUUUGUUUUAUACGCCGAGCUUCCUGA